UCCUUCCUCCGGCUCAGCCGCCGCGCCGCCCGGCUGCGCCUCUUUCCUCCCCUGGGUGCCCGCGGCGAUGUUUAACCGCGCAGUGAGCCGGCUGAGCAGGAAGCGGCCGCCGUCAGACAUCCAUGACGGUGAUGGUAGUUCCAGUAGCAGCCACCAGAGCCUCAAGAGCACAGCCAAGUGGGCAGCCUCCCUGGAGAAUCUGCUGGAAGAUCCGGAAGGCGUGAAGAAAUUUAGGGAAUUUUUAAAAAAGGAAUUCAGUGAAGAAAAUGUCCUGUUUUGGCUAGCGUGUGAAGACUUUAAGAAAAUGCAGGAUAAGAAGCAGAUGCAGGAAAAGGCCAAGGAGAUCUACAUGACCUUUCUGUCCAAUAAGGCCUCAUCCCAAGUCAACGUGGAAGGGCAGUCAAGGCUCAACGAGAAGAUCCUGGAAGAGCCUCAUCCUCUGAUGUUCCAGAAACUCCAGGACCAGAUCUUCAAUCUCAUGAAGUACGACAGCUACAGCCGCUUCUUAAAGUCUGACUUGUUUUUAAAACACAAGCGAACUGAGGAGGAGGAGGAGGAGGAUCAGCCUGAUGCUCAAACUUCAGCUAAACGAGCCUCCAGAAUUUAUAACACAUGAUCGCCUAAAGGCCAGGACUGCCGCCUUCGCAGAGGGACUUAUUCUCAGGACUGUGCGGGAUUGCCACUGCUUUGUAAUGUGCGAAGAUGGAAAUGUACAAAACCCCCUAGUGGGAUCUGUGUAUUUUAUUAACCGCUUGGCCAGUAAGUUUUGCAUGAUGACUAAUCUAACAUAAAAAAAA